CAAAUGCGCUCCUUAUCAAUUCAACUUUCAAAAUGGCCGGCACAGAAAGAGGUUCAAAUCGUGUUAUCCCAGCCAGACAAAGGAUCGAGUCUGUUAGUUUAGAGGGUUUGGUUGUUCUCAAAAUCAUACAACAUUGUCAAGAAGAAGGUGCGGAAGGAGAUGUUGUUCAAGGUGUUUUGUUGGGAUUAGUUGAAGGAAACAAACUGGAAAUAACAAACUGCUUUCCUUUCUCACAGAAUUCUGAAGAAAAUGAUGAAGAAGAUAUUGGCUAUCAGAUAGAAAUGAUGCGACAUUUAAGGUCUGUAAAUAUUGACCAUUUGCACGUGGGUUGGUACCAGUCCACAUACCUUGGAGCAUUUGUGAAUAAGAAUCUACUCGAAUCACAGUACAGCUAUCAAAACUCAAUUGCAGAGUCUGUUGUGCUUGUAUAUGACCCAUUGAAGACAUCCCAAGGCAUCUUAUCAUUCAAGGCACUUCGUCUUUCUCAAAAAAUGAUGCACCUAUUUGCCGAUAAAGAAUUUACUCCAAACAGUUUAACCAAAGCUGGCAUGAAGCACGACGAGAUGUUCGAGGAAAUACCACUUGUGAUAAAGAACUCUAAUUUGGUGAACACAUUGCUAUGUAAACUGGAUGAAAACUUAACAGAACCUGAACACAAAGACUUUCUAUCUUUGGCAAGAGGGAACUUCAUCGAGAAGAACGUUCAGCUGUUAAUGGAGACAGUUGAUGAACUUGCACAAGACACAAAUAAAUUUCACAACCAUCAACGUAAUUCUGCAAGACAGCAACAGCAAAAAGAUGCUCACCUGGCGAAAAGGAAAUCAGAGAACCAAGCGAGAAAAGAACGAGGGGAACGACCGCUACCCGAAGACGAUAUAUUGAAGAUGUUUAAACCGUUACCAGUUCCCUCUCGGCUUGAAAACCUUCUGCUCUCCGGUCAGGCUGAUAACUAUUGCAAAGAGAUAAACGAGUUUGCAUCGCAAAGUUUUGCGAAACUAUUUCUCUCCGAAGCGUUGCAAGAUGCUCAAUGAGUCUUUUAGUACGUUCUAAAAAAUAAAUUAUCAUACAAAAACAAA